GUUGGUGUCGAUGCGGAUCGUUCGCUUGGGAAUUCCAGAUUAUAAAGCGGGAAAGCAGCGGGACAGCGCGCGCGCGCGCACACUCCCGCGCGGCAGGUGGCGCUGUGCAAAGCGCUCCGCUUUGAACCGAAGAAGAAGACCGCUGUCCCAGCGUGCACUGCUGCUCCGGCGCCCGACGUUACCAAACCGGGCAGACGGGAUGCCGCCGGGGCUUUGUUUCCGCCGCCACUAGGUGCUGUUCAGCGGACAGGCUCUCCACGAUGAGCGCCAUGCGGACCAUCCUGAGCUCCGGGGCGCUGGUCGCCGUGCUGGGGCUCGGCUACGGGAUGUGGGCCAUCAUAUCUCCGGGAGAAGAGCGGCGCAGAGAGCUCAUCAAGAAUCUGCCUGAGUCGAAUCCGGUGAGGAUGGAAGAGACGAGGAGGAGGAACGUCCUGGUGAUGCAGGCGCUGAAGGAGGCCGCCGAAACCAGCGACAACAUUGCACGAGGAUUUGGAGGACCUCCCAAAUAGAGCGGCGCUGCGACCCGCUUGGAAAGGCUGCGUGUAUUAAAUGCCGCCGGCAUGCAGGAUCAGAUGAAGAUGGACAUUGUGGGAUUUUACUGGGAGAUUGUUGUCUGAUUGUGAAAACAAUUUACCGUCGGAUGUUAAAGUUGUUUAUUAAAACUCUCAACGCAACCAUGA